GGGGUGACAGCAUUCAGGUCCACGAGGAAAUUUUCUUACCAGCAGCUCCUCUAACAUAGAAGGGCGAUCGGGCCAGAGAUUGCUGGGAAGUCAGUGACCAUGUCAACCUCCUCCACCCUGCCAGCCCUUGACUCUGUCAACUCCACCCAGCAGCCCAACUCCAGCAUCUACUUGUUCUCAAAGUUCAUCCACCCCGACAAAGAACUGUACACAGAAUUUUACAGCCUGUGGAUUGCCCUGAUGGUAGUCAAUGCCAUAAUUUUCCUGGUGGGUGUUGUGCUGAACAGCUUGGCGCUGUACGUCUUCUGUUUCCGUACCAAGACAAAAACCACCUCUGUUAUUUACACUAUCAACUUGAUUGUUACUGAUCUCUUGGUGGGCUUUUCCUUGCCUGUCCGGAUCAUCAUGUUCUAUAGUGCAGGUGACUGCCUGAAUUGUUCCUUGGUUCAUAUCUUUGGCUACUUUGUGAACAUGUACUGCAGCAUCCUCUUCUUGACGUGCAUCUGCGUUGACCGCUAUCUGGCAAUUGUACAGGUGGAGGCCUCACGUAAGUGGAGAAACCCCACCUGUGCCAAGGGGAUCUGUGUCUUCAUUUGGAUCUUUGCCACUGCAGUGACUUUCUCCAUCCUGACAAUGGCAAUACAGUUUGCUGCAUGCUGCCUCGCCAAGAUUCUGGUCCUGAUGGUCUGUGAGUACUUCUUCCCCCUCAUCAUAAUCAUCUUCUUCACCACCAGGAUUAUGUGUGCUCUGUCCAAACCCAGCCUCAUGCACCAGAGUCGGGAGAGGAGAAUGAGGGCUGUGCAACUCCUUAUCACCGUCCUCAUCAUCUUCAUGAUCUGCUUCACUCCUUUUCACGUGCGACAAGUAGCAAUCUCCAUCAACCCAGACAUGCCCCAUGAUGUCAGCCUCGUCGUCUACCAUGUGACAGUGACUCUGAGUAGCCUUAACAGCUGCAUGGACCCCAUUGUCUACUGCUUUGUCACCAAUAACUUUCAGUCAACCAUGAAAAACAUCUUCAGGAAAACCGAGCAAGAGCAAUCCAGUGUGGACAUCCUUGGUAUGAACAAGAACUCCAAGGGCUCCAAUGCAAUCAUCGCCUUCUCAAACACAAUAGGAAGCCCUGUGAGCUUGCCAUCACCAAGCAGUGUCCAGAUAUAA